AUGGUUACUUGCGAGGAUUGUGGUAGAAGUGGACACCCGAGCUGCAUGCAACUAGAGGGGGUUGGGGACGUCUUUAGGUCGUAUCCUUGGAAGUGCAUCGAGUGCAAGACCUGCGAAAUAUGCCGAGAAAAGGGUGACGAUGUAAGUUGCGCAUCAUAA